AUGGCUAGCCAACAGUAUGAAAUAGCGACGGGUACGCGUCGAAAGGCCUGCGAGAGAGCCGACAGGAACGAGGAAAACCUGUCUGGGGGCCUGAGAAAUAAAAAGGGUCCGUCCUCUGACAGCGACGUCAAGCUCUACAAUCAAACAAAGCAAGACAAGGACGCGACAGCCAAACCUAGGUGGAAGACCAAGAAAAAAGAUAAGCGACGAGUGUGGAAAGUCGGAAGAAGCUCUACCGAAUCCCUGGGCCCUCUUGUUUAUACUGAAGAGCGCGUGGACGAGCAACGAGGCGAGGACGGAGAAAGGGUAGUGGUACAGCUGGAGGUGUUGGAUGACUCGAAUGCUCGGUGCUCCUUCACUAGCGAUAGCAACGUGGCACAUGAGGGGUUCAUGGCGCGACUCAGAUUCCCCCGACUAGGAGAGGGACUCCGGUUUGAAGAGCAUAAGUUCACGCAGAGAGUGGAAAUCGAAACAAGUGGCUCGUUCGGAGAAAUGCUCGCCGUCCUCGCAACGGCCGAUUCAGGGCCGUGCAGACCCUCCAGACUCUAUUAUAUGCUGGACUCCAAACGGCUUAGAGCCCAGCAGUAG